GAGAAAACAACGACCAACAUGAAAAUUAGAUCAAAACGUUUAAAUUUAUUUCGGCAUAAGAAAUUUACUUUUGUUCAAUUAACCAUCUAACUUUCUUUUUGGUCUAUUCCAAAUAAAUUGUCUCAUUUCUUUAUUUUUCUAAUAAAAUAAAGAAUCCACAAUCUCUUUUCACUUUACUCAAAUUUCAUCCGCUUUUAAUUUUUCAAUACUUUUUUAAAACUCCAUAAAAUCAAGUGGAAUUUUGUUGUUGGCUAAUUUUCCUUUAAAAUACCGAGGAGCAAGGGGCAGUACUCCCAUUCUGCGGAGAAUUGGAGGGCGGGUGGAAGAAAGAUGGGGAUUCGAUUCAUAUUAAUGGUGAACAAGCAAGGUCAGACUCGGCUUGCCCAGUACUACGAAUACCUCACCCUUGAAGAAAGGCGCGCCCUUGAAGGCGAAAUCGUUCGCAAAUGCCUCACUCGCAACGAACAACAGUGUUCUUUUGUGGAGCAUCGCAAUUACAAAGUCGUUUACAGGAGAUAUGCGUCGCUGUUUUUCCUGGUUGGAGUCGACAAUGAAGAAAAUGAGCUUGCCAUUUUGGAAUUCAUUCACCUGCUUGUGGAAACAAUGGAUCGUCAUUUUGGCAAUGUGUGUGAGUUGGACAUAAUGUUUCAUCUCGAGAAAACACACUUCAUGCUGGAGGAGAUGGUAAUGAAUGGGUGCAUUGUUGAGACCAGCAAGUCCAACAUUCUUACUCCCAUACAACUCAUGGAAAAAGCAUCAUAAGUAGGUAGUUUUGCAGUCUGGAACCAACCAAACAUCUUCAAUUAUCAUAUUGUUGAAUUGCCUUUGCUUUGUUUCAAUGAUCAUCUUCUUAAGGUAUUUUGUACUUGUUAAACGCUUCAAAUGUUUAUGUAGACAAUCCAAAUCACAUAAAGAAUAAACAGAAGAAUUGGUUGCCCAUUAUGCAAUAUCACAUGAUUCAAUAAAAGCACAUUUUUUUUAUAUAGACAAACAGAAUGUGAGUGUCAUGAGAUGGCAGCAGGACUUCCAUCUUUCCUGGAAUCACUCACAGCAGUGAGCAUGCCAUGGAACGUUUGGUUGCCCAGCACUUUCCCAGAUUUUGGCAGGCUUUGAACAACAAAUUGGCAGAUUGUUCCUCCAUUUUGUGCCUCUAGCUGAUGACCCCUUUCUUCCAAGAAAUGCUUUCUUUCAUCCGAAAGCUCAAUGUGAUCGCCGUCUAUGACAGUCCAGUUCUCAUACAACACUACAUUUGGAAUAAGCUGCAGAGAACAAC